UGCGCGUUUUUGACGUCACCACGAUGCGACAAACGGACUUCUCCGUUCAGCAUUAGCUUAGUUGAGUCUGUGCCGCUGUACGUAAAUUAUUAGCUACACAUCUCACUCGUUUGGUUUAAUUGUGCUUAGUUAUGAAGGCGAGUAAUACGGAAACACACCAAAGGGGUGUUCGUGUGGGGAAAAUGACCUCGGACUUCAAGGAUUUGUCGGACGCGUUUCGUUUAAACGCGUCACUGCUGUUUCAAGAAAGCUGUCCGGAGGAAUCCCGGUUCUUCCUUGAGCAACAUUUUGCCGGCCUCGACGCAAACGAUCCGGAAUGGUCCGCGUCGGACCAAACGUCGGCGUGCCCGCACUGCUUCCAGUGGCUGCGGCCCGACAACCACCGGGUGCGCCUGGGCGCCAAACGCCGGCCGUCCGCCAGGCUGCGACGGCUCCUGCGGCGGCGAGCCGCGGGCAAAGCGCUCGGGCUGGCGCAGAUACGCCUGCUGCGCCGCUUCUGGAGGUCCGAUUCGGUCCUGAUGGCCACGUGCCACACGUGCAGCAAGACGUCGAGACACAAAGGGACGAACCGGGAGCUGCUGUCCGCCUUCCACGCGCCGGGCGGCGGCGCCAAGCACAAGACGCCUCCGUCGGCCAACAGGUCGGGCGGGUCCGGGACCCCCGCCAAGGACAAGAUCCCUCGCCGCACCCCCAGGUCGUCCGCGUCCGCCGGAACGCCGGUCUCGUCCUCCUCGUCCUCCUCCACCCCCUCCUCCGCCAAGACCCCCUCCAAGGGCAGGAACUGGGUGGUCCAGCGCCUCAGCAAGCUCCUGUCGCGCGAGGACAAGCCGGAUCGCAAGAAAGGAACCUUGAAGGAUUUCCUCUCCUCGCUCUGACUCCCAUUUUUCUUCUUCUUCUUCUUUUUGCGAACAAAAGCUGUUUACACUUAAGAAAGGAGGGAGCUGCUUUCGGUUCUUAAGGUGCUGCAGCGCCCCCCUCAGGCUGGGAGGUUGUAACGGCACCGCCUCGAACCUCAGCGACCUCAAGCGACCCUUUUGCCCAAAUCCCUUCCGUGAGCUGCCGCGUGGGGAAUAUUUGAGGGAUCGAUUGUUACUGAUCAACGCCGUGGCGAGGAUAUAAUAAUUUAUCAAUAUUUGAAGUUUUGUAUGACUUUUACAAACAAUAUGAAACAAUUUUGAUUUGUUGUUGCUUUACAAAAUUCAUUUUCUUUUUUUUCCAGUGAAGCAAAGAAAAAAAAAGGAUUUUGAUAAUCGUGUCGGCUGUAUGUGCCGACUGCAUAUGUAUAUGCAUUUUAUUUGUAUUUUAUAUGAAAUAUUAAGAGUGGUUUAAGCGUCUACCGGGGUUCAGAUCCCGGCCCUGCAUGUUCUUCCCGCGCCUGUGUGGCUUUUCUCCGGGCACAAAAAUUGUCCGUUGGUGCGGACGUGAGUGCGAAUGGUUGUUUUUCUUUCACGUGUGCCAUGCGAUUGGCUGGCAAACAGUUGAGGGUGCGACCCUGGUGAGGAUAAGCGGCUAAAAAAAAAAACUAAAA